GUGGACGUGGGACACCUCUAAACUUCUCCUUACCAUCAGGGCAACGCCCUCUUGACAAUCGUUCUGCUCGAUGUAGGAUAAAAGUAAUCACAGCAACAUCGUUUCUGGAAUCCGCUGCUGGCUUCGAGCAUAAACCCUAGGUGCGACCCACCACGACUCUGCUCUGCACAGAUUUGAAGCUUGUCAAAAUGGAUCCUUUUGAGGAUAUAUUUCCUCUACCUGCCGUAAAGAAAGGUACUGCUGCUGGCAAGUUUCAACCCAAGGGAAGACCAGCAUUGAGAAAGCCAACAUGUUCGUCGGGGACUUCAAUCCUCCCUGGUAAAGAUGAGAAACAGGCCAUAUCACCAAGUACUGCCAUGUCAGACAUGACAAAGUCAUCAGAGAACGUUGGUCCAAAAGAUGAUAGGUUGACAGAUCCCAAUGCUUCACCUUUGGUUUCACUUGAUAGCUUUGCGAAAAUGGGGCCUAGGAGCAGUGAAAGUUCCCAACUGGCAGUGGACCACAUGGGACUGAUGAGCAGUUCAUCUGAACUUGUGGUUCAACAGGAGGUUGGUAUCUCAGAUGCUCUACCUUCUGAUGUGGUUGUGCCAAAUCAAAAUGUCGAGGAUUCUUUUGUCUUUGAAGAAUUUAAUGGAGAGAUGGAUGCAGGGAUGGAUGAUGACCUCAUUAGCAAUAUACUCCCUCGGCCACUUGCAACCAGUGAAAGAACAGCCAUUCUUCCUUCAAGGGACAUAAACGGAGCAAGAGAUUCAGAUCUUCCAGCUUCUAAUUACCUUGAAUCAAUUGAAGCCAGCAUAAGUGAUGUUGCCCAACCUCACAUUCAUUCUAGUUUCUGUGAAAAGGAGACCCAAGACAUGGCAAUGGAUGGGGGAGAUGCCGCCUCCGUCAGUGGGGAUUGUUGUAUUGACAAGGACAGGUCAGAAACAGAGAAAGCAGAGACUUUUCCUGAUGUGCAAACUACAGAUGGUUCGUGUGAGAGAAUCACUGCAUCAGGCAUCGGAAGGCCCGAGGGAGAAGAUCUAUUGGAGACUGAAUUGCCAAGUGGAGUAGGGAAACCUACUUUUUGCAUCACUAAUUCAGAAGUUGAGCCUGGUGAUCUCCCCCGAGAUCUGGUUCUGUGUGAAACCCAUCUUGAUCAAGGCUCAGCUCCUGCCUCCAUACCUGAUGAUAUAUUUGAUUACUCAUCCAUAAGGCUUGAAGAUAGUACUUUCAGAAAUCCAACCGUUCAUGAACCCUCACACUCAGAUACACUCAUCUCGGCAAAUACGAUGGAUGUUUCUGAUAUGCCUGGUGAUUUGAGUCACCAUCAUAAAGAAACUUGGGCUGCAUCGGAAAUUCAUUUGAUGCAGGACAAAUCCUGUAUGUCUAAUACCAUGAGUGAACAUAACAAAUCAUCAAGGCAGUUGAGAAAGCGCCCUACUCCAUGCCAACUUGUUGACGCGUCUGAUGACGAGGUUCACUCUGACAGCAACAACUCAGCUGAAGCUCAAACUCAUAGUCCCUCCAACGGAGAUGAACUGUGUGAUAGUGAGGAAUAUAGGACUCGGAAUUCCUCACAGAAAAGUACUCCAAGAAAGUCAGAAAGACCGUUGGCUAAGAAACAGAAGGAAGAAAGGAAGAAAGAAGGCAAUAAAGACUCUGAAAAAAGUACCGGAGAACCUCGCAAGAAGUUCUCUCACUCUACUCGACGUGGCAAAAGAUGUGUGGAUAAGGUUCUGCUUCAAACCCCGGAGGAUGAAAUUGACUAUCGGAAGUUGCGCAUUAGGGAUCUAAUUCUUCUUGCAGAACAUAAGGAGCGUUUAACGGUCAAAAAGGCAAAACCAUCAAAAGCUAAUUCAAACAAUCAGAGUGCUGACAAAUCAACUCAAGGAGAUGCUUCUCAUAAGGAUGGUGAGAGGUUUCCUGCUGAGCAAGGAAAAGGCUCCACUAACGAAGCCAGCACUACUGCUGAACCAGCUCCUCUUUUGUUCAAUUACCAGUCAUUCAUGGAGAAAACACCUCGCACUCGGUGGUCAAAGCAAGACACUGAAUUGUUUUAUGAGGGUAUAAGGCAAUUUGGAACGGAUCUCUCAAUGAUUAAAGAGCUCUUCCCCAAAUUGACACGCCAGCAAAUAAAGUUGAAAUUUAAGAAAGAAGAACGUCAAAAUCGGUUAGGGCUUUCUGAAGCUUUGGCUAGCCGUGCAAAAGAUCAUUCUCAUUUUGAAUUGGUGAUUGAGCGUCUCCAAGCUGCUGCUCAGGCAGGGAAAGAAUCAAGUAUAGAUGUUUCAGCAAGCAUGAUGGCUGAGGAAGAGGAUGGGGAGUCAUCACCUGAAACCAAUGAGGAAGCAGAAAAGCCUGCAGAAAAGCCAGACAAAGAUACGGAAAUAGGAGAUGAAGAUGGUAAAGGUGAUGCUGAGGUUCAUGAUUCAUCGAAGUCUGAUGACAGUGAUGAUGACCUUUUCAAUUGCUUGAGUUCGUACAAAAGUGAAUUUUAACCAUUUAGGGUGUUGCUAACCGUAAUUGUUGGCAAACUUUGUUCGAUACACCGAGCGGCUCAUUUUUGUCCGUAACUUUUCAUAGUUUCAAAAGCUAUGUUGAUUUGAUCAGAGGGAAUCUUUUAAUUGCCGAUAUGUUAGAGUUUGUGAUCUAACCUUGCUAAUGCAGAAUCGAUACUUUUGUCUAGCGAUCUACUCAUGGUCCUGAAACGCAUGGCUACCUAAUAUCAUCUCUGAUGUAUUUCAUGGUUUAUGGCUAAUGACAACUUUAUGUAACCAUGUCGGAUCAAUAGAAGUUCCCUAGUCGCUUGAGAA